CCGCCAUUCUUCCACAACUACCCCUCGAUACGUUCGGAUGGCCGGCGUCGGCUCUUCAUGCACCGCUCCACCAGCGCCAAACGUCGACCUUCACCACGGAAAGUCACUGAUCCGGAUCUCGUUGCCAUACGCGCAAAGUUCCUUAAUGCUCCCGCCGUCAAGGGGUCCGCGCUCUCGACGCCGCUAGCCACCAACUUGUCCCCUCGAUGCUCUCAUGCCGGUCCGUCCGGUACGGUCCAGCGAUCUCACUCCCAAUCUCGACGCCGCCGAAUACAUCGUCACAGUACAACACCCCGUGUCGUGGUCGGUCCUGAUGUUAUUCAUCGUCUACCAUCUGAGCUGGGUCGCUUACAUCUAUCUUCACCGCUUAUUGUCUCGAGUCCUUCACGAUUAAGCCUUGCCCGCAAGAUUCAGGCUAUCAUUUCCAACCUUGAUAGCCAUGUUCACAGCUCAUCUGUUGUUGCCAUCGAGAGCUGUGUUUCUGGUCGAGAUUGCGUUGUCAGUGUUGGAGGCGUGUCCGCUAUCACUCUUGCCCGAACUCUAGGCUUAUGCAAAGGAAUUCCUCACAUUUGCAUUCCUACGACGUAUAGUGGAAGUGAAUUACACCCUGGCGUAAUGAGCAAGUCUGCCAUCGAAAAGAGAAACAAGGACAUCGCCGAACACAAAACACUUCCUGCCGUUAUUAUCUAUGACGACAAUCUCACCACAACCUUCCCGACUCGGUUUUCAGCGCCCAGCCAUGAGAGAGUUAUGGAUGACCUCGCUCGAGCUCGCCAGUCCCCCAAAUCAGAUGAUGUUUGCUGGACUUACUUACACCUCCCGGGCGUCUGA